AUGAGUGAGAAGAAUACGAGAAUUGCUAUUGUCUCUUCGGACAAGUGUAAGCCAAAGAAAUGCAGACAGGAAUGUCGUAGGUCAUGUCCAGUGGUGAAGACAGGAAAACUAUGCAUAGAAGUGACACCAGCUUCCAAAAUAGCGUUCAUUUCUGAAACUUUGUGUAUUGGGUGUGGUAUUUGCGUCAAGAAAUGUCCAUUCGAUGCCAUCAACAUUAUUAACUUACCUACAAAUUUGGAAGCGGAAACAACACAUAGAUAUUCAGCAAAUUCAUUUAAACUACAUAGGUUACCUACUCCAAGACCGGGACAAGUUUUAGGUUUGGUGGGAACAAAUGGUAUCGGUAAAUCUACUGCUCUUAAAAUUUUAGCAGGAAAGCAAAAACCAAAUUUGGGUAGGUAUGACGAUCCUCCUGACUGGCAAGAGAUAUUGAGAUAUUUCAGAGGUUCUGAAUUGCAAAACUUUUUCACCAAAGUUUUAGAAGAUGACAUAAAGGCUAUCAUAAAACCUCAAUAUGUUGAUAACAUUCCGAGAGCCCUUGCGAAAGCGCCAAUUCAACAUGUAGAGGGCAUUUUAAAAGCUAAAUUGGAAAGAAAAGACGAAUGGGAUUACAUCAUUAAAAUAAUGGAGUUGGGAGGUGUUAUGAAUAGAGAAGUAUCUUUAUUGUCAGGUGGUGAACUUCAAAGGUUUGCUCUUGCCAUGACAUUUGUACAACAGGCUAAUGUCUAUAUGUUCGAUGAGCCAUCUUCAUAUUUGGAUGUUAAGCAGAGAUUGAGGGCUGCGGAAGCUAUAAGAUCUCUUUUAUCCGCCACUACCUAUAUCAUUUGUGUGGAACACGAUUUGUCUGUCUUAGAUUAUUUGUCAGACUACGUCUGUAUUUUAUAUGGUGUUCCAUCUGUGUAUGGUGUUGUUACCUUGCCGUCAUCUGUGAGGGAAGGUAUCAAUAUUUUCCUUGAUGGUCAUAUUCCAACAGAGAAUAUGAGAUUCAGAACUGAAUCGUUACAAUUCAGAUUGGCAGAUGCUGCCGAUGACUUCAUUCUUGAUAAAACAAAUUCCUUAUCAUACCCUUCAAUGGAAAAGACGCAAGGAGAUUUUCAUUUAAGGGUUGAAGAGGGUGAUUUCACAGAUUCAGAGAUUUUGGUUAUGAUGGGUGAGAACGGGACUGGUAAAACAACAUUCUGUAGAUUACUUGCUGGUUUGACUGCUCCAGAUAACGGAAAAACUAUUCCUAAACUUAAUGUAUCUUUGAAACCUCAAAAAAUUGCACCCAAGUUCACUGGUACCGUUAGACAGCUCUUCUUCAAGAAGAUAAGAGCUUCUUUCUUACAUCCUCAAUUCCAAACUGAUGUUGUUAAGCCUUUGAAGAUCGACAACAUUAUUGACCAAGAGGUCCAAACCUUGUCCGGAGGUGAGUUGCAAAGGGUUGCUAUAGUGUUGGCACUUGGUAUACCUGCAGAUUUGUAUUUGAUCGAUGAACCUUCUGCUUACUUAGAUUCUGAACAACGUAUUAUCUGUUCCAAGGUCAUUAGAAGAUAUAUCCUUCACUCCAAAAAAACCGCAUUCAUCGUCGAGCACGAUUUCAUAAUGGCUACUUAUUUAGCUGAUAGAGUUAUCGUUUUUGAAGGUAAGCCUUCUAAAGAUGCCUUAGCUAAGGCCCCAGAGUCUUUAUUAACUGGCUGUAACAGAUUUUUAAAGAACUUGAAUGUCACCUUCAGAAGAGAUCCUAAUUCCUUUAGACCAAGAAUUAAUAAAUUGGAUUCUCAAAUGGAUAAAGAACAGAAGGCAUCUGGAAACUAUUUCUUCUUGGAUAAUUCCGAAUUAUAA